AUGUCGGACAGCUCAUCCGUUCGAAAGCCUCAAUUCGAGCCCGGCGACAUUCUGGGCGACUGGGAGGUGAUCCGGAAGCUCGGCUCUGGCGGCUACGGCAUGGUCGUCGAGGUACUGAGCAAGACCGGGGUGCGAGCGGCGUGCAAAGCCGAAUUUGUGGCGGGCAACUCGUCGCAGAUGCUGCAGAAGGAAGUGCCCGUGUUGCAGGCCAUGCAGGGCACCCACCACUUUUGUCGCUUGUACAUGGCUGGAAAGAUCGUGUUCAACGACCAACCCCUCAACAUCAUGGUGAUGACCCUGGUCGGAAAGCCGCUUUCUGAAAAGCGCCGUGAGUGCCCAGAUAAGCGAUAUUCUCGUUCGACGGCCAUUCGCCUGGGCAUGCAAUGUCUGGAGGCUAUUCGAGAUCUCCACCACAACGGCUACAUACAUCGUGACGUCAAGGGCGGCAACUUUGCCUGGAACGAAGUAGACCGAUCGGUCUAUCUGCUCGACUACGGGUUCGCCCGUCAAUAUCUCAUCUGGGAGGACUCUACGUGCCAGAAGCUGAUCCACCGCGCGCCACGCAAAUCGGCUCAUUUCCUAGGAACCGGUCGCUAUGCGUCGGUCAAUGUUCAUCUGCGACGUGACCAGGGUCGCCGAGACGAUAUGUGGAGUUUCCUCUACAUGCUUGUGGAAUUUGUCGUGGGACGUCUCCCCUGGAGCAACGACGACAGCGACCGGUUAAUUGGCGUGAAAAAGGGCAAAUGCGGCUCAAAGCUGCUCAACCACUGCCCGGUGGAGAUGUACAAGCUCUACGACCACAUCCGCAGCCUGGGCGUCACGUCACGCCCCAAUUACGACUACCUGAUGCGCGUGUUGCAAUCGAUCUGCCAGCGCUGCGGCUACAACGAGGCCGACCCGUUCGACUUCGAGCCGGGCGGACGCCACUACGAAUACAUUGUGAACGAGCAGAAGACGCACGAGGCGCGACUGGCACGACAGCUGGCAGCGGCUGAACGUGCUGACGAUGACCAGGGCUGCAGCACUGGCACUGAUGAUGCUCUCGGCGUCGGCACCGAACCGUAUGAUGAAUCUGGACCGCUCGGUGACCACCUGUCGUACGACUACACGCGCAGCAUGAGCACCCGCCCGCAAAGCCUC